AUGGGGAAGACACCAGGCUGCGAGAGGAGGAGCUUUCACAGGUAUGACCUCCAUCUACCGAGUGGUUUGCGAGUCAUUCAGACAACCUGCCAGAGGACAACAGACAUCAUGAAUAUGAUUGUCUUCUUUCUUCUGGCCGUGCAAAUGCACAGUGUGGUGUCAGUGAAUUACACUCUGUGGCAUGCACGAGUGGCGGACUAUCGAGAUUCAAAGCCCUUCGACUAUUAUGAGGACGGUGGUAUGGGUAACGCAUACAUUUACUCCUACAGCAGCAACACGAGCAGACAAGUAGUACCGGUACAGGACUGGAUGAGAAAAAUCACAGCAGAAGAUCCUCAGUACUGGCAGAGAGAGACCGAGAAGGCUGUUGCUCGUGAGCAGUUCCACACAAACAGAUUUGAAGCUAAUUUGAAGAUUUUGAAUCAAACUGAAGGUUUUCACAUUGCUCUGUGGGUUUCUGGAUGUAAAUGGAAUGAUGAGACUGAUGAGGUCACAGGUUGGUAUUUGGAAGACUUAGGACUUUUCCAAGACUACACGCCGAUUAGGAGAUGGACCGCAGCAAAAGAACAAGGGGAUCACAUCAAACUGAUCUGGGAGGAUGACAAAGCUCCCCCAGACACCUUCAAGUUCUACACUGAGGAGUGUCCUUCUAACUUGAAGAUGUUUGUGAGCAUCUUAACGAGAACAGAGCUUCCAAAGGUGUCCCUACUCCAGGAGACACCAUCUUCUCCGGUCAGCUGCAACGCGACAGGUUUCUACCCCGACAAAGCCGUCAUGUUUUGGAGGAAAGACGGCGAGAAGCUGCACGAGGGCGUGGACCACGGAGAAAUGCUCCAAGACGGAACCUUCCAGAUGUCUGUGGACCUGAACGUGACGGCCGACAUGGAGGGCAAGUACGAAUGUGUGUUUCAGCUGACUGGCGUCAAGGAGGACAUCGUCACCGAGCUGGAGAGCAGAAGCAUCCUGAGCAACGCGAGCGGUGAAGACCUCAAUACAACCAUCUCUGGUAAUAACAGCCAAGCAACCUCACGGCCGACCACCAUCACUAUCAGACCAACAACCAACGGUACUUCCAAUGACAACCAAACUACUUUCUGGCCGAACACAACCAUUGAAGCAACCACCCGACCCAGUCUCAACAACUCGGAUGCCACCCCGCCAACUCCUGGUCACAACAAUCUGCGUGUCAAGGUCGCUGUUGUCACGGUGGGGGUCGUUGCUACGGCUUUCCUUCUGUCGGCCAUCAUCUUUUGGAUUGUCAAGCGUUACAGACACACUCACAGUACCUACUGGGACACAGUGACCAUUAGGUUUACUCGGUCUGAGUCUGCGUGAGACACAGCAGCUGGCACACAGAACACAAAGAUAUCUCCAUCGCUGAGGGACAUCAUCUCACAUGGAGAUGAGAUGGAGAUGUUCUUUGUUCCUUAUGAUACAUAUACCUUAUACUCAUAUUUUACUGUUACAUCAUGCAAUGUCUUUUCUGGGUACUUAAAAAAUUGAGAUGAAAUGAGAUGGAGAUGAGACGGAGAUGAGGUGGAGAUGAGAUGGAGAUGAGAUGGAGAUUUUCUUUGUUUCUUAUGAUACAUAUACCUUAUACUCAUAAUUUACUGUUACAUUAUGCAAUGUCUUUUCUGGGUACUUAAAAAAUGGAGAUGAGAUGAGAUGGAGAUGAGAUGGAGAUGGAGAUGUUCUGUGUUCUUCAUGAUACAUAUACCUUAUACUCAUAUUUUACUGUUACAUCAUGCAAUGUCUUUUCUGGGUACUUAAAAAACCCGUUAUGAUCAUAUCAAAGUUUUGUCGUUUCAGAUUGAUUUAGGUCCUAAUGUGCGUGUUGCUUUAAAUGCAAACUAAUAGUAGUGGAAUCGCCGCUAUUUAUUGAUGACAAUCACAUAGUGCCACAUUUCUUUCAAUAAAUUAAUUUGUUCAUUCCGGCUCCAGAAGGAGGAAGAGUCAGAAAGUGAUGUUGAGAGAAAAAUACAAGAAGAGAACAAGAUAAAGAUUUAAGUUUUCACAGCACUAACUGAAAGCCAACUAAGAUGAAAACUGUGAAAUAAAAGUAAAACAUAGUAUAUUUUCAACAGAUAUUACUUUAAAUUAAUUACAAUAUUGAUAUGCCAAAACAUGGAUUUGUCAAAAUUGAAGUCGAAUGUUUUAUUGGCAAACACACAUUCAAAGCAAUACCAUUGCAGUGUGACCAGUGUUGUCACUUGAUUGGUAGUUAAGUCAUUUCAUGGUUUUACCUUCGACCAGUAACCUUUAACAGUUAACGUUUUUUACCAGAGUGUUAAAAAGUGACAUGUCUGCAUUACUCCAGUGUCAUUUAUCGUCACAUUUAAGAUGUUUUAUUUUUGGACUGGUAAGCUUUCUUAAAGAGAACUGCACUUUUUUGAGAAUUUUGCCUAUCGUUCACAACCCUUAUGAAAGACAUGACAAUGUAUGGAUUUUUUUUUUUUAAAAAGCAUUCCAACCUGUAAAUAAACGUGAAUAAAAGUCUACUUACAGUGGAGCCCAGUCCUCUAUUCUGCCCAUAAAACCCAAAUAAUAAUUAUCCAAAAACCGCCAACAAUACCCCAUUUGCAUUUCCAUCCAUCCAUUUCCUACUGCUUGUCCCUUUCGGGGUUACGGGAGUGCUGGAACCUAUCCCAGCUGCAUUCGGGCGGAAGGCGGGGUACACCCUAGACAAGUCGCCACCUCAUCGCAGGGCCAACACAGAUAGACACAUAACAUUCACACACUUGGGACCAUUUAGUGUUGCCAAUCAACCUUUCCCAGGUGCAUGUCUUUGGGGGUGGGAGGAAGCCGGAGUACCUGAAGGGAACCCACGCAGUCACGGGGCGAACAUGCAAAUUCCACACAGAAAGACCCCGAGCCCGGGAAUCGAACCCAGGACCUUCGUAUUGUGAGGCACAGGCACUACCCUGUCCCACUGUGCUGCCCCAUUUACAUUUUGUGACUUGAAAAUUAACCAAAUAUUAGUGACAUUGGUAUUAUAACGCAGACAAACUAUUGAUCACAAGAUUGUGUGUAAUGUUGACAUGAUCGACUGAUCAGCUGCUUCCUCAUUUCCGUGCUCGUCAAACUUUAUUGUAGAUCAUAAAUCAUGCCUCUCACCUGGAUAAAAUAAGGCUGAGGAUGGUACACUAUUUUACACCCGGAAAUGGCAAGAACGACACAAAAAGACGCUUGGUUUCCCCCACCUUUUCUUUGCGAAGACUAUGAGUCAUUCUUCAUCUAACUCUAAUCACUCUAAUCUAACUAGCCUCCAUUGUAAGCGGACUUUUGAUCGCAUGUAUUUAAUAUUUAGCAUGCAUAAAAAUACAUCUGUCAUCAUGUCUUUCAUGAUUGCGAAUAGGCAAAAUUCCGAAAAAAAAGUGCAGUAUCCCUUACAACUUGUAUGAAUAAUCUUGAAUGUACAUGUUAAUGUCUGUACCAUUAUUAAAAAUGUUUUGACUGCAA